AUGGCGAGGCGACGGAAUGUCAAGGGCCCCGAUGAGGGCCGCUCGAAGCAGGCGGGAAAGGAAGAACUCCACGAAACCCACAAGGACGCGACAAUGAGCCAGCAGUCGAAAUGGCUGACGCUUGCCCUUGCUAGUGGCGCAUUUGCUGCGAUGAAUGGACUGUUUGCGAAAUUGACUACGACGGAGCUUACAACUAGCAUCUCGCGGGCAAUAUCUCAUCCCUUCUCGUCAUCUGGAGCGACUACCACCGUGGAUGUGGUGGUGGAAUACAUAGUUCGAGCUGGCUUCUUCGGGUUGAAUCUUCUCUCCAAUUUCAUUAUGUGGACGCUUUUCACUCGUGCAUUGACUGCCUCUCCAUCGACAACCAAGGUAACCAUCACAAACACUACAGCAAACUUUCUCGUCACGGCUGUGCUGGGUAUGCUUGUUUUCCAGGAGAAUGUUACUGCCCAGUGGUUGGUUGGCGCCACCUUGAUGGCUGCCGGAUGCAUUAUUGUUGGUAUGCGAGAGGAGAAGCCGAAGGAUAAUGAAGUUUCCAAUACUAGCACUGGUGCUGGUACCCGGGUUUGUGCAGAUGAAGAAAGUAUUAGAUUAACUGGUAAUCGAAAAAGGGACGAAGACGAUGAUUUGAUUGCCCUUGAGGAUUAA